AUGGCACUCAAACCCGUAGAAACUGCCAAACGAUUAUACGAGAGGUUGGGGUUAGAGUACACGCCGACUGUCCAGACGUGGGUCGAAGAGCACACCCGUGCGGACGAUAUACUGUCGAACCCGCACUCGACAAUCAGGAACUCUGCGUCGGCACCGCUUUCGUGGUUACCCCGCAUGUCUGUGAAUGAUGUGCUGGAGGUUCAAGAGUACUGCUAUGAUGUGAUGCAUAAUUUGGGCUAUAAAUUGAUUAACGAUCUCGUCUACGACGACAACGACACACAAAUGUUGGAUAAUUAUACGUUGGAUCAGAUUCUCGACACCAAAUAUCCGUUGCUUGACUUAAUGUCCUGA